AUGAAGAAGUCGUUCAUCAAUACCAUACCGCUGCUGCUUAGUCCAGUCUGCCUAGCAGUCCUUGUCUUCGCACCUGUCUCCAGAGCAUUUUCCGGCGACUUCCUGGUCACCAACAUCUUCGUCGACGCGACCACCUCCCAGGAUGGGGACGGGCCUCUGAACGGCUCCAAUUACAUCUACUUCGACUUCAACGACCAGGACACACCACAGCUCCCUACCGUCACCUGCCUGAUCUACUGGCCGUCGUCUCAAAACCCUGCAAUAGACAACAUCGCCCUAUGUGCAAAUGAUUCGGUCAGGGUCGCCAUCUCUGCUAACACGCCCUCCUCCACCUCCUUAUCAGCCUUCAGCCCGGAGAAUUUUGGGAUUGAUCUGCAACAUACCUACCUUGACAACUCAGUCGGCCAGGCACCAUACAAUGUGCUCACCAAAUUUGGGGGGCUGAACUUGAGCUGGCCUGGGACUGAAGGUUAUGACUGUGAGAACAAUGACGGCGAAGGUGGGCUGUGUUGGUCCAGGACUGGGACGGCAUAUCUCGCUGUUGUCACGAGAGCCAUUUCAUAG